AUGGAGUGUUACAAGUGUCACGGGACCGGCCACAUCGCUAGAAACUGUACGAAUGGAGGAGAGUCAGGCGGUCGCAACGGAGGCGGUGGCGGUGGUUCAUGCUACAACUGCGGUGAAACAGGACAUUUCUCACGCGAAUGCCCUCAGUCUCGUGACGGUGGACGUGGAGGUGGAGGAGGCUACAGAUCCCGAGGACAAGAGUGCUAUCAGUGCGGUGGGCAAGGCCACUUCGCACGUGAAUGUCCCUCAGCUGGAGGAGGAGGAGGAGGAGGAGGCUUCCGUGGUGGUCAGAAAUGCUACAACUGCGGUCGACCGGGACACAUUUCACGUGAUUGUACUGAAGGAGGAUCAAUGGAGUCGAAACGCUGCUACAAGUGCCAGGAAACAGGUCAUAUCUCAAGAGAUUGCCCACAGCAGUAG